AUGGCUACCUUCAUGUCAUGGCUAGACCUCUGUCUUGCUUGUGCUGGCGUUUAUCUCAUCAAACGGAUUGUAUCCAAGAAGAACCUUGCUCCCUUUCCUCCGGGUCCGAAACCACUCCCCCUCUUCGGUAACCUUCUGGACAAGCCUUCUGUAAAACAAUGGCUCACCUUCUCAGAUUGGGCCAACAAAUUCGGUGAUAUGAUCCACUUGGAGAUAUUUGGCCAACACACGGUCAUCCUCAACUCUGCAAACGCUGCUGUCGAAAUGCUCGAAAAGAAGAGUUCAAUCUAUUCUGACCGCCCCACCCUUCCCAUGGGUGGUGAGCUGAUCGGAUGGAAGGAUGCCCUUGUCCUCCUGCCCUAUGGAGACAAGUUCCGUGAACACCGCCGCAACUUCCACCGCGUCCUUGGCGGCCGCACCGCUGUUUCUGUAUAUCAUCCUAUUGAGGAAAUGGAGACUCAUAAGACUGCAGGAGCUAUUAUUUUGCGUAUUUCAUAUGGGUAUUGCAUUCGGGAAGGCGGCGAUCCUUUCGUGGACCUUGCUGGGAAGGUCAUAGACGAUUUUGCCCGAUACACUGCUGUGGGUGCUUUCAUGGUCGACAGUAUCCCUGCUUUGGCGUACGUUCCAGAGUGGUUCCCUGGCGCUGGCUUCAAACGCAAAGCAAGAGAGUGCCACGCAGAUCUCCUGAAUAUGAUAAACCAAUUAUUCGAGCUUGCCAAGAAGCAGAUGGCCGCUGGAAUUGCUUGUAAAUCACUCACCUCAGACCUGUUGGAACGCAAAGCAUCGACUGAGGAAGAGCAUGAUAUCAAGUGGACUGCUGGGAUGAUGCUUGCCGGUGGUGCAGAUACAGGUAAACAGACAAACGUUCCGCAGACCGUUUCUUCUAACUACGCGUUUUUCUUGGCUAUGACGCUCUAUCCGGAGGUUCAAAGGAAGGCUCAAGCAGAGAUAGACGCCGUCAUUGGUUCUGACCGUCUUCCUACAUUCGCGGAUCGCGAAUCUCUUCCCUAUGUCGAGGCUCUUGUCAAAGAAGUCUACCGUUGGCAUGCCGUCGUUCCUGUCGUGUUACCGCACCGCCUGACCGUCGACGACAUUCAUAACGGCUACUAUAUCCCCAGGGGAACUCUGAUGACCAUCGACACGGUGAUGCGAUACAGCCAUCUUUAUAGGGGCAUGCUGCAUGAUCCUUCCAUCUAUCCCAACCCUAUGGAGUUUAAUCCGAAUCGUUUCCUUCCCGGAGAGGCGUCUGUCCUGGUCAGUAUUGUCCCCGCCCGAUCUCUGCUGUUGGACGGGCUAGUGAAUGGAUUUAAUAUAUACCAACAGGUUUGCACCUUCGCUGAUGCCUCGGUGUGGCUCACUGUCGCUAUGUCACUUGCCGUCUUCGAGAUUUCGAAGGUGGUUGAGAAUGGAGUUGAGAUCACUCCGGAAGUUGAUCCUUCCUCUGGUACCAUCAGCCACCCCAAGCUGUUCAAGUGUUCUAUCAAAGCCCGCUCUGCGAAGGCUCUUGAGCUUAUCCAACAGAAUCCUCGCCACUAA